CGUAUUAAGAAAAAAAAGCAGUGUAACGUUAGGAUUGGGAACAGUAGGGAAGGCCGUCCCCGUUCUCCCGCCUCAAAAUCGUGUUUGGCGCCAUAAGUUGUAUCAGCGAAAACUUCGAUUCUCUCUCCAAACCCAGAACCCUAACCAAACAAAUUCCCAAAUCCUAAAAUCGGAGAAUCCGAGGUCGCAUAACAGCCCUAGCCCUCUACCACCAUGACCGAAGUUGUUUCUCUCAUGGACAUCGACGACGACGACAACGCCGGUGACCGCUCUGCGAAGCCAAUCAACAAGGGCAAGAGCGGCGCCGCCCCCUCCGACGGCAAAGCCACGCCCUGGGUCGAGAAGUACCGCCCUCAAUCCCUCGCCGAUGUGGCCGCUCACCGCGACAUUAUUGAUACCAUUGAUAGGCUGACCAGUGAGAACAGAUUGCCGCAUCUUCUACUGUACGGCCCUCCAGGGACGGGAAAGACUUCGACGAUUCUUGCCGUGGCGCGAAAGCUUUACGGAGCGCAAUACCACAACAUGAUUCUGGAGUUGAAUGCUUCGGACGAUAGGGGAAUCGACGUCGUGCGUCAACAGAUCCAAGAUUUUGCUAGCACUCAGAGCUUCUCGUUUGGUGUGAAGGCAUCAGUGAAGUUGGUUUUGCUGGAUGAGGCUGAUGCAAUGACAAAGGACGCACAAUUUGCUCUUCGAAGAGUGAUUGAGAAAUACACGAAGAAUACAAGAUUCUCCCUUAUAUGUAACAAUGUUAACAAGAUUAUUCCAGCAUUACAGUCGAGAUGUACUCGUUUUAGAUUUGCUCCUCUUGAUCCCGUUCAUGUCAAUGAGCGACUCAAACAUGUGAUAGAGGCUGAAGGGCUUGAUGUGUCUGAGAGUGGCCUGACGGCUUUUGUACGGCUUAGCAAUGGUGACAUGAGAAAGGCCCUGAACAUUUUACAGUCGACGCAUAUGGCUUCCAAGAAGAUAACAGAAGAAGAAGUAUACCUUUGCACUGGAAAUCCAUUGCCCAAAGACAUUGAGCAAAUAUCUUACUGGCUUCUGAAUGAAUCCUUUGCAGAAAGUUUUAAGCAAAUAUCUAAUAUGAAAGGAAGGAAAGGAUUGGCCUUGGUUGACAUUGUAAGAGAAGUGACCAUGUUUGUCUUUAAGAUAAAGAUGCCGUCAGAUGCUCGGGUUCAGUUGAUUAAUGAUCUGGCGGACAUAGAGUACAGAUUGAGUUUUGGCUGCAAUGACAAAUUGCAACUUGGAUCACUUAUUGCUUCUUUCACAAAAGCUCGAGCCUCACUGGUUGCUGCCGCGAAGUAGUUAUUUUGUUUGUCCGAUUUGCAUCUGCUCCCUUCCCUUAUCAAGUUACUUCUGAGGCAUGUUGGUCGUGCAUUAGCCCUUCGAUGCAAAUAUGGAUGUUGUAACGAGAUUUGUUCUAUGCGAUGUCAGCUCGAGACACCCAUUUCUCUUUCUUUUGAAACAUUUGCUGGUGAAGAGAGCUGGGAUUAGAGGGUAAAAAAAGCCUCAUGAUAGACAUUUUGCUUGUGUAGCUUUGUGGGGCAUGAGAAUUUAAAAUGUAAAGGUAAAUGAAAUCGGAAUUUUGCAGCUUGAGAGUUGAGAUUGGCUUUUUCGAUAUGUUGCUGUUCUUUUAGAUGCAUUUUCGGCUGCACUAUAACAUAAUUAUCGUUU